CAAUAAAUAAGUCGCAAAGGAAAUGAUAACAUUUUAUAUGGUUACAAACGCUGGUAAAAGAAAAGCUGGCAAAUCAAGAUGCAUAUCUAAUUAUGUUGAUACUUACAUAAUUAAUAGUUAACGAUAUUGUUUCAAGACCAAAACCAAAAGGGAGAAUUGAGUUUAAAAUGAAAUAUCGUUUUACUUCUUUAUAAAUUGAUUCAAUAUAUGCCUGUUCGUGGAGAUUCGAAACCAAUGUAGACAGAACACAGAUUUCAAGUUCAAGCAUCUUCUUCCAAAUCUUCCCAAUGAAGUCUUGUCUUGUAGCGUUCCUUGUUGUUCUUUUUUGCAUAAAUAUUGAAGGAACCAAACAUGAACAACGAGGACAUAAACACAACAACACCCAAAACAGCAUCGCAAAGAAAACCGAAUCAAAACUUGGAAGUACGGACAAUAUCAAGCGGCCGGGCAUAGGACGAUUUUCUUUGGAUGUACAAAAGAAAUCUGAACGUUCAAAACGGAAAAAAACUACCGAACAUAAAAUAAAGAAGUCCAUGCAUAAAACUAAGAGACUUUUGAGAGAAUUCAAAAAAUGCAUGCGUAUUUAUGGUGUAAAACACUGCAAGAAAMGGAAUAACUUCAAAAAGGCUAUGAUAUGGCCCAAAAAGAUGCUUCCGGCUUUGGAGAAGAUGAUUAUGAAGAAAUUAAACGGAAAUACAGACAGCGGAUAUGAUAACUAUGAUAAUCCUAUGAACGGCGCUGGUAAAAAUGACUUUGCAGAUAAUUGGGAUAAUGUGAAACCAUCUAAUCCUCCUCCACCGCAUCCAAAUAUGUUCAACGGCAUGGAAGUGGUGCCUUUGUUGAAGAUGCUCAAAGAAAAGGUUGGGGACUCACCUUCUUACGAUUCUAAUAGUUUCACGGCUUCGAUGCCAAGCAAUCAGGGGGGAUCUAGAUACUACACAAAGAUGCUCCUAAACCAAGCACUAGGCAAACCUGACCGAGGCGCAGUCAUGAAAGAUAUGAUGCAAGAAUUUUAUCUCGCUAACAAUAAUGAAAGAAGCGGUCAGGAAGCUCGUGAAGCUUUUAGUGAACUCAUGGGGCAYAAUAACCUCAUUAAAACCAACACCGACAUGGUUGCGGGUAAUUAUAMUUUUAACGGCGGAAUGACUCCCCAAGCUUCUGAGGAUUCUCAAGUUGAAAGGAUGAACAUGCCGGAAAGGAUGCAAAACUUUGCUUCUCAAGAAGGAGGUGGUGGUGAAGGUGCUGGGAUUCAAAGUUUUCAAGGGUUUGGAGGAGGAGGAGGAGGAGGAGGAGGAGGAGGAGGAGGGACGGGAGGCGUAGCAUUUGCAGGGAACACAGGAGGAGUUCUUCAAGCUCAAGAGCUACCAAACGGCAGGAUAGCACCUGUAAAUCAGCMAAUGAUGACAAGACCUAACAUGCAGGAAAUGAUGCCUCUUAACGCCAACCCAACGACCAGAAUGCUUGGAAGUAGUGUCAAGCUCUCGAAUGGACCACUGAUUGGAGAUCAAGUCAUGGAGGACCAAAUGCCGGCCAACGUUGCUGCGAUGCACGAUUCUAAUUCUAGGCCAAUUUUUAUGCCAAAAAAUAAUAAUCUCGUUUUUGAAGAACAAGGUGAAAAUUCAGCAAGGGAGAUCAAAGCACAGUCAUUUCCAACCGGGAAUCAGUACUUUGCUAGAAAUGCCAUGAACCUUGGAGAAAAUUACCAGGCGUCUCGUAUACCAGAAUCCAAUCUUGCUGCGGCAAAUGGAGGAUUUGAAAUUCAAGGAUUGUCAAGUAUUGGAACUGAUAAAGAAGCUUAG